GAAGGGAUCAUGCGACCAAACUAUUAUCGCUGCCUUUCUUCGUUUCUCCAUCUCUCUUAGCUAAAUCGAUCAGACCCCGAAGGAAAAGUGAAGGAUAUUAAGAGAGAAGGGGGCGACAGAUUGAGGCGAAGCUCCAAGGCAGAUUUGCCAACCAUCAUUGCUUAAUCGUCAUUAGGAGAGUCUUCAGAAAGAGCCCCCGAGAAAGUGUAAGAGAACGCCGAGAUUAACGCAGAAAAAAAAAGCGAAACAGAAAUGGGAAUUCAGUAAGAAUCUAUGUGAAACAGGAGCCUGGGUAUAUCAUGCAAAUAUCAUUGCAUUAUCUUGUUGUGUGAGAACGGUGUAAAAGGAGAAAAAGAAUGGAAGUGCUAAAAUAUGGAGCUGACUUCCAACAAACAAAAUUUCACUUGGGACUGGCUGAGAUUACUGAAUUUUUGACGGGGAUCGUCGAGUAGCCUCGUUUACCAGUGCCUUGCAAGAAAUCAGGCCCAGAGGAGAGGUUGAACAAAGGAGUUAGGGCAAGAUUGUGCCGGUGGUAGGCAAGGAAAUGGAAGGCUAGCUCUAGUCCCCACCCCGUACCGUGUCGGGUUACAUUGAUUGACGUCGUUCCCAUAGAGAGUAAAUCCUGGUCUGCCCUUAUCACGGGCCAGCGACCGCGCCGCGGGAUUUCGACCAAUCACGGAGAGCGACAGUAAAAGGCACGGUAUGUGCCUCGCACUGUCAGUCACUGGAUAGUCAGAGGCACUUGAAACACCGUCAAAACAAGGGCUCGUCGUGUCGCGCGCAACCUCCUCACUAUACACGCGCAUUGUUCAACGAAGCCAAAGAGUCGCAUCAUCCUCUUCAGCCGCCACUGUCUUGCCUUCAUCUUCAUCCAGAGCAGGACUCAUCAUCUUAUCCUUGCCACGGACUUGGGCCCGGUAAAUUCACCGGUCUCUUCAGCCAUCUCUUCGCCACCAUGCUCCCGUCCUUUGGUUUUACUCAAGAGCAGGUUGCCUGCGUCUGCGAAGUUCUCCAACAGUCCGGCAACAUCGAGAGACUUGGCCGAUUUCUCUGGUCACUACCUGCCUGUGAGCAUCUCCACAAAAAUGAAAGUGUUCUCAAAGCCAAGGCGAUUGUUGCCUUCCACCGCGGAAAUUUCCGGGAACUUUAUAAAAUCCUCGAGAGCAAUAAUUUCUCACCGCAUAACCACCCGAAACUACAGGCUCUCUGGCUGAAAGCACAUUACAUCGAAGCGGAGAAACUUCGGGGACGGCCCCUGGGUGCUGUUGGAAAAUACAGGGUCCGAAGAAAGUUCCCUCUUCCUCGAACCAUCUGGGAUGGAGAGGAGACUAGUUAUUGCUUCAAGGAGAAAUCGAGAAGUAUAUUAAGAGAAUGGUACUCCCACAACCCUUACCCUUCUCCAAGGGAGAAAAGAGAGCUGGCAGAAGCAACAGGACUGACGACCACGCAAGUCAGCAAUUGGUUUAAAAAUCGACGACAGCGAGAUCGAGCAGCGGAGGCAAAAGAAAGGGAGAAUGCUGAACAAGAGAGCAAAACUAAAAUGGCUACACCUAGUACAAGUUCAGAAGAGGACCUGCCUAUGAAUGGGAAAGAAAAUUUGGGCGAGACGACGUCGGUAGAUAUGGGCGUAAAUCACAUGGGGCACGUGGGGCACCAUCAUCCUCAUCAUAGUCAUGGUCAUCAACACAGCCACGUCCACCCGCAUAGCCACGGCCACGGCCAUAGCCAUAGCCAUAGCCAUAGCCACCCCCAUCCUCACAGUCACGGACCCGCCGGUCUGAUGAUGAGCGAACUGAGUAAAACGGGUUACGGAAUCACGAACUUACCACCCGGCGCUGCCGAGGCGGCCGCCCAAGCUCUCGCACCGGUCAACGCCGCCGAUUCGGUGCUGCAAAACUCCAUCCAAAACUCUAUGCUGCCUCACAUGGCCAAUAACCUGGUGGAUAUGGGGUAAGCUAAAACAAACUGAGAGAGACCUACUGGCCAAGUGAGUGCGUGGUUCGAAUUAUUUUGAGAUGAUUGUGCGUGGUGUUUGAUGAUGGACACUGCUAGGACUUAGCAUACACUGGACGACCAUCAGUCAAAAUGAAAAACAUGAACAAAACAUGACGUGUGCAGCUAGAUUUUCCGCUUUAUAAGCGCCGACUUCAUCCUACUUGCAGAAUGAAAGGAGAACUAUCUUUAUAGACUGACAAGAGAGAUUUGCUUUACUGAAAAUAUUUGUAUUAUAGUACACAAACAAUUCCUAAGACGAUUAUCUGAAGUGAGGGUAUGAGAAGAAAAUAAAGGACAAAAUGAUUUUUUUUAACUGUAUCUUAUUUGUGCUCUUCACGACUGCGUGAGACAUGUUAGUUCUCGUACCAAGUUUUAGUGAAGAUGAGGUUCUGGUUUUGACAUUUCGUUGUCAUUGGAAAGAUAUUUGAAUUCAAAUCAGAUUUAUAUAGCUUGAAAAUUGUUAUGUGAAAGAUGUCUGCUUCUUCUGCAAUAUAUGGACUGCUGUUUUAUGAUAUGGAUGUUUUUGCUAUUAUUGGACAAAACCUAAAUGUACAUUGAUAUUAUUGUCCAGUUCCUUCAUUCAAGAAGACAUGAAACCUCAGAAAAUAUCAAAUCUAAUGUGAUCCAAAAUUAUGUAAACAAUGUUUUCAAGAUAUUUAUUUCCAUUUUGUUACUUUUCAAAGAUGACAAGGUAGUUUUUUUGCGAAAAACUCCCAAAUUAUUUUAAUCGUGCUUGUUUCAUUUUUUGUAGAAGAGAAAAAAAAAUCGACUCGCUAAGCGAAAAUAAAGAGGUUAAGACAUUUCAAAUGA